CUGUCAACAUAUUCUUUAUUAAAAAUAAUAUUUAAAAGGAGGAGAUUUCACUGCUCGUCUAUAAAUUUGAACCAUUUUUUUUUCUAAGAGCUGUGAUCAUUUCAGGAGACGAAGAGAAUUUAUUUCUGUUGUAUUCCUAAAGUGGAUCCUGUUUCAUGAUGAAUAGUGUAAUUUUUGUUCUGCUGGCCUGUGUUGUCCUAGAAAAGACGUUGGCAAAUCCACACGCAUAUAUCAGAUAUGGAGAAAAAGGAAAUGGCAAUGACAAUAAUGGCGAUGGCGAUGUAGAUAACGACGACAACGGAAAUACAAGUAGUUCUGAUGAUAGCGAUGACAGCGAUGAUAACGGAGAGAACAAAAACAACGGAAAUAACGAAGUCUGCAGAGAGACUUUCAGAGCACUUUGCUUCACGUUUACAGAUAGGGACAAAACACCCGAUUGUGUCAAAUGUUUUGAGUACUUUGAUGACGAGAUUCCAUGUCUCAAAGGAAAAAAUUGCGUAUGGGAUAGUAAGAGAGAAGCAUGUGUUUAUUCCUUUUAUUGAUGGUUAUGAAUAAAAGUUCUCGAGAAAAGAUCGAAAUUUUUG